CCUCCAUGCUUUUUCUCUAUCUUCAUCACACACACUUCAAUCUUUUUCACUUUUGUCUUUCCUUGUCCUCUGAUUGUUGCCAUAAAUUAAUUAAUAUUCCCCAUCCCUCUCCUCACACAGAGAAGCUAGAAAUCCAUGGGGUUUCAGCUUUUGGAGAAGAAAUGUGAGAAAGAUCUUGGUUUAAGCUAGUGCCCUCAACGCAAGCAACACAAACAACCAACAGCCUCACCCGACAGUCCUAGUAGAGUUCAACAGAAACAGCCCAGCUACUACUAUCUAAUGGGGUCGGAGCAAAAUCGAUUUCCUCAGCACGAAAGACGAAAGAGAUGGGGAGGAUGCUGGGGUGCAUUUUCUUGUUUUGGUUCACAGAAAGGUGGAAAGCGCAUUGUGCCUGCAUCUCGCAUUCCGGAGAGUAGCGGGCCAGCCUCUCAGCCAAAUGGACCUCAAGUGGUUGGGUUGACAAAUCAAGCCACAGGACUAGCUCCUUCUCUCUUAGCCCCACCUUCUUCACCAGCAUCCUUCACUCAUUCUGCCCUUCCUUCCACUGCACAAUCACCUAGUUGUUUCUUAUCCUUAUCUGCUAACUCACCUGGUGGUCCUUCAUCUACAAUGUAUGCCACAGGACCAUACGCUCAUGAAACACAGCUAGUGUCUCCUCCAGUCUUCUCAAACUUCACUACUGAACCAUCAACUGCCCCUCUCACUCCUCCACCUGAGUUGGCUCAUUUAACAACUCCCUCUUCCCCAGAUGUACCUUUUGCUCAUUUUCUCUCAUCUUCUGUGGAUCUCAAAAACAGUGAUAAGGGUAACUACAUCAGUGCAAAUGAUCUUCAAGCUACAUAUUCACUCUACCCUGGAAGUCCUGCCAGCAGCCUUAUAUCUCCAAUAUCAAGAAACUCAGGUGACUGUUUAUCAUCUUCUUUUCCUGAACGGGAGUUCCGUCCACAGUGGGAUUCAUCAUUGUCUCCUGAGAAUGGAAAAUAUCAGAGAACAGGGUCGGGGAGGGUAUCUGGGCAUGACACAAAUGGUGUCACUAGUGCAUCCCAAGAUACAAAUUUCUUUUGCCCUGCUACCUAUGCACAAUUCUACUUGGACCAAAAUCCUCCAUUUCCUCAUAAUGGUGGGAGAUUAAGUGUUUCAAAAGAUUCAGAUGUUCAAUCUACUGGUGGAAAUGGACAUCAGAGUAGGCAUGCUAGAAGUCCUAAGCAGGAUGUGGAAGAAAUAGAAGCUUACCGGGCAUCGUUUGGUUUCAGUGCAGAUGAGAUUAUAACUACCUCUCAAUAUGUGGAAAUUUCUGAUGUAAUGGAGGAUUCAUUUACUAUGAUGCCCUUUGCCUCUGGCAAGUCUACAAUGGAAGAAAACAUAGAGCCUUCACUAAUGAAAGGGUUCAAAGCUCAGGAGACUCAGGUGGCAUUGCGGAGUAGUCUUGGCUCAGAUCCAGGUCCAGUAGGCAAGGAAGCAGACAAUCAGGCCACCAUAUAUCAAGGAUAUGAAGGUCAUAAAUCACAAAGGCAUGGUGGUAGCAACAGCUCUGGGUUCAGCACACCAGAGAACCCUACUCUUGUAGAUGAUGAGGAUAUAUUCUCAAAAAUGGAAUCUUCCAGAAUUAGCAGGAAAUAUAAGAUGGGGUUAUCGUGCUCCGAUGCUGAGAUUGACUACAGGAGAGGAAGAAGCUUACGAGAAGGAAAGCGAAUGUGAUUUGGCAUGACUAAGAAUUAAUCAGUUGAGAACAGAUUAUCUGUAAUCUGUGUAUUAAUUUGUAGCUUUGUUUCAAAAAAAGAAAAAGAAAUUCUUUACUUGGGGUUGUCUAAUAGAUGGGAUGACCUAACUUAGAUCUAACCGAUUCUGUCCAUCGUGUUUGACCCGAUCUUACUGAUCAACGAAUGUAGUCUCUUUCUUCAAGCGAGUUCAGAUUAAUGUUUGAAGUGAAUGAAGUUUGGUUUUAAACAA